UUGUUCUGUCGGUGAACCGUCAAGAAGUUGGUAGAAUGUCCCAUCAUACGAUAUUGUGGAUUUGCUUCUGUGUAAAGGUACUUUUCUGUGCGUGUGGCGAGUCCUGUUUUCCUCCCUCUCUUCACGCUACGGCUCCUGAAGAAGUAGAUGCUGGUUAUGUCAUAGCAAAAGUUCAUGUUCUUGGUUGUGCUUCCCAACUGAAACAUAUUCAUACAAGUGACCCUGACUUUGCCAUAUACACCAAUGGCACAAUCGUUACACUUCACAGCACCAAAGUGCCCUCCGCCGGGAGAGCCUUCUCAGUUAGGGCCCAGAGCAAUAACGGGCAACAAAGUCAAAUGGAUGUCUACAUUUCCCAGAGGUUGUCUCAGCCACCAAAGACUGGAAUUCUGAGACGCUUCAAGAGAAGAUGGAGUCCUCCACCUAUCUUUAUUGUUGAAAAUGUCAGUUCAGGGCUUCCAAAAGAUCUGGAAUUGAUUGGCUCUGAUUCAUCUGUCAAUCACACUGUGUACUACAUGAUCUCUGGUCCUGGAGUGGACGAGGAUCCAGUGGGGGUGAUAAGUGUAGAUCUCUUUGGGAUGCUAAGGCUCCACAGGGCUGUCGACCGUGAGAAAUACCCUCAAUUUACAUUCCAGGCCAGGGUAUUUGACAAGAUUACUCAUAAGGAGACUGACUUGCCCCUGCCUAUCAUAGUCAAUGUGCUAGACGUCAAUGACAACGCCCCAACAUUCCCUGGGUCACUUCAGUUCUCUGUUUUGGAACAGAGUGCAGAUGCUGUGGUUGGGCAAGUUAUUGCAACAGACAGAGAUCAAGAAGACACAGACCACACCAAGAUUAAAUACACUCUCCUGGAUGGCAAGGACUUAUUCUCUAUUGAUUCUCAGACUGGUGUCAUUAAGACUAAAACCGCAACACUAGACCGAGAGGUGAAAGACAAGCAUUUUAUUACACUUGAGGUUAGAGACAUGAAUGGGGCACCAACUGGUUUGUUCAACACAGCCACAGCCACGAUUCUUUUGGAAGACAUCAAUGACAACCCACCCACUUUCUCAAAGACCUCGUACAGUACAAAUGUCAAAGAAAAUGGGGAAAGAGAAACUCUCCUACUAAGAAUUCCAGUGGACGAUAAAGACCUGACAAAAACACCCAAUUGGAAUACUGUGUGCACCAUUACCAAGGGCAACGAGGACGGCCAUUUCAGGACUGAGACGGACCCAGACACAAAUGAAUGCCUUUUGUACCUGGCAAAGCCCUUGGACUUUGAAAAGAAAAAAGCCCUGAAGCUUGAGGUUCAGGCUCAGAACGAGGCAGGGUUGAGUGGCACCCAGGCUGGCUGGGUCUCCGUUCCCAUAGAUGUGAACGUUGAGGAUGUGGACGAGGGGCCGGAGUUCAUACCCACAAACCUGGAACUGAGAAUCAAAGAGGGCCUACCUAAUGGCACAGUCAUUGGCCACUACACUGCAAUAGACCCAGAGACCAAGAGCAGCACAGGGAUCAGAUAUUAUGAGAUCUCAGACCCAGCUUCCUGGAUUGAUGUGGGUGAAACCACUGGCGAGUUGAAAAUCGCAAACACUGUGGACAGGGAGUCGGACUUUGUCAAGAACAACAUGUACAACAUCACUGUGAAAGCAGUGGAUUCCAGUGCUAAAACAGGCACAGGGACGGUUUUCAUCAUCGUGGAUGAUGAGAAUGACAACCUGCCACUGCUCCUGUCCAAUGACCUGAUCCUGUGUGAGAGGAGCGGGGAGCUGGGCUCAGUUGUGAUGGUGGCAGAGGACAAGGACAGCCACCCAUAUUCCUCCCCCUUCCUCUUCGAGCUGAUGGAACCACACGAGGGGGAAUGGAAACUGAGCAAACUAAACGACACUGCAGCCACGUUGCAGCAGGCCAAAGAGCUUCCGACGGGGCUGUACAGAGUCCCAGUGCUGGUCAAAGACUUGCAGGGCACGGGAGAUCGUCAGACAGCCACAGUGAGGAUCUGCCGGUGCCGGUACAAUCAGUGUCUAGACAGUCAGACGUCAGCUGUGCUGGGGGCUGGAGGCAUACUGGCCUUGCUGCUGGGCCUAGCUAUGCUGCUUUGUCUCCUGGUUGCCUUUGUUUGCGUGACGAAGAGGGCCAGUGUGGAGAUUGACGAUGGUGGUGGGAGUGGAGGGAGGCUUCUGAAAUCUAACAUUGAGGGCCGUGGAGAGGAGGUCUCAAGCAUCAUGAUUGUGCCUGCAUCGGGCAUGGGCCAGUCGGCGAAAGGCUCUUUCGUGGACAUGCAAUCGGGCAUGGGCCAGUCGGUGAGAGGUUCUUUCGUGGACAUGCAAACGUUUGGCACCAUGAACGCAAACACCGUAGCAGGGGCGUGGCAGCCGGACAUCCUGACGCCAGAUAUGCUAACCAGAGACGGGCUGGAGAUGAAAACUGAUGGCCAGUACAACUUUGGCAGCACGGCAGUGAAUGGGGCCUUCAAUGUCAACCAAAGGAAUUCAACCUCUCUCAACACCUGGAGGACGAAUGGCAUCUUUUUAGACAAGAAGCUGAAUUACCUGGCCACAGGUGAGGAGGGCAGGUAUGCAGACGACAUCCUCCACACAUAUGGUUUCGAGGGGGAGGGCUCUGUGGCUGGCUCAGUGGGUUGCUGUAGUGACCAGAGCCACAUUGAGAACAUGGACUUCCUGAACACUCUGGGGCCAAAGUUCAAAACACUGGCCGAGGUUUGCAACAAAAAAUGAUGACAAUGCACAAUAAUUGUAGGAGUGCUUUUCACCACUUCACAACAAAAUGGACAUUUUGAAAUAGUUGCAUAAGAAAAUUGUUACUAGGGUUGUUAAUGUGAUGGAUAUGUUCUCCUGCAUGUGCUUACUAUACACUGCAAGAUAUAUGGGAAUGGUUUCAGGGGAAUCUGUCCUACGAGAAGUUUUCUCACCAGAAAAGUUAUUUGCACUUAGUGUACAUAUGAUGAUGAUGUAAGUAUGAUGUGUUUGAAGCCAUCAUGGCUUAUUGUUUAGAUUUCUUUUUCCUCACAUUUGUUCAGGCCUCAUUUCUUUUGAAAGUCUCAUUAUGAGGUGGACUGUGCUUUGAUGUGACAGAAAGGAUAUUUGUUCUGUGUUGUAUGCAUUACAUUUUUUGUUAAAGAAACGUUUUCUUUUCUGUCAUUCUUCUCAGCCGCAGGCUGUAGCUAUCUCUACUACCGC